AUGGCACAAUCGGGAGCGAUUCCUAUUGGCUAUGAAAAAGAUAUUGUAAACAAACAACCAAAGCAUCUCUCGUUGCCAAACUAUGGUGGCUCAGAUUAUGCUACAGAAAGGCCUACAAGAAAACAAAGAUUUCUGGAAGUAAAUCCACAUUUGAGAGGGAGGAAUGGUCAAAAUUUUCGAACACGCUUUCAAGAAAGCGUUUUCUCUUAUGAAAGACGAUUUUACGAAGCUGAUCAUACCGUGAGACCGACCUAUUUCGUAGAAAUGAAUCGGUCACAUCGUGUACGGACGGCAAGGAGGUAUCGGAAUACUAGAAACAUUGGGAAGACAGGACACAUUGAUAAAACGAGAACAGGACACAUUGAUAAAAUGAGAAUGAUCAGAAGGAACAGUGCAAACAAACGAAGGCAACGACACUACGAAAGCACAAACGACGACAACAACGACGACAGCAACAACAACAACAACAACAACAACAACAACGACAACGACAACGACAACAGCAACAGCAACAACAACAACAACAACAACAACAACAACAACAACAACAACAACAACGACAACGACAACGACAACGACAACGACAACAGCAACAGCAACAGCAACAACAACAACAACAACAACAACAACAACGACAAACAAAACAAAAUUAUGAAAAAUGCUUCACCCUCGAAAGUAAUGAUCAUGGCAUACCGUCGCUCUGGCUCGUCCUUUAUCGGCGAGAUGUUUAACAGAAACCCUAGUGUGUUUUACCUCUUCGAACCAAUUCACCCGGUAGAGAAAAUCGCCGGUAAGGGAAAAUAUCCACUGUUAUACGAUACGAUGGUCAGCCAUGUAUUGGACGUAAUUUAUACAUGUUCUUUCAACAAACAUCCAUUUUUAGUAGACUUCUUAGCAAAGUCAGCUUUCAGGUUAAAAAGUGAGGCGUUGAAAAGUGGAUUAUGCGGAAUCGACGCAACGCCUCAAAAUAUGACGCGUGAAUGCAAGCCGUUGAACCAAACCAUUUUAAAAGGUUUAUGCAACUCAAGAGACCAUAUUGUCGUGAAAUCGAUCAGAACAACCACGAAAAAGAUAUCGGAGCAUUUUUCUGGCUUUCAAACCGAUUCGAAGUCUUACAAAUUGAAGUUAAUUCAUCUUGUUCGCGAUCCGCGUGCGAUUAUAAGUUCAAGACUUCACAUGUUUAUCCGUAAUAGUAAUAACAACAGCGAAAUUCAACUUAGAGACGAUAAAAAUCUCACAAACGCUUUGAAAAGGUCAGUAUGCGUUGCAUCCGCCAUCUUAUGUAGUCGAAUUCACAGCGAUCUUAAAUAUGGGCGACAAGCAGGUCGUGACCAUAGUCGUGACCAUUACAUGUUGCUACGCUACGAAGACGCCGCAAUGCGACCGCUCAAGAUUUAUGAAAAAAUCUCGAAAUUUUCAGGAAUUAAAAAAUCCAAGAUCGUUGAAGAUUGGCUGAAACGGAACACGCGUGUCGCAAAUAUGCGCAAUGAAAAUGACGAAUACUCGACAACGCGAAAUUCUACUGCUUCCAUUAAUGGCUGGAGAAGACGAAUGCCGUACAAGUUGGUGGCGGAAGUGCAGAGCCAAUGUGAUGAAGUUAUGAAAAUACUGGGGUAUAUCUCUGCCAAAAGCGAACGUGAAUUAAUGGACGUCGCAAAGUCGUUAGCGAGUUAUGACAAGACCAGUUUAUCGUAG